CGAUUGAGCGUGUAUUUUGAGUGUAGAGUCAGUCGUGCGCAUGGAGUCUAGCGAAACAUUAAUUAGUGAGACAUUAAUUAGGGUUCAUCCAAUUAAUCUAUAACCGAAUGUAAAAUACUUGUGUGCACAAAGUAAAAAUGAUUUGCAUUUAGGAACACCCGAACUAAAUCGGGCGUAAGCAAAAAAGACGACCCGCAAUUUGGAUCCCUGCCGAACAAAAGUCUUCUCCAAACCCUCUCCUCUUUAUACACAUCUCUCUUCAAUAUUAGCGUAUUUUGUAAUCUAUUCAUCUUCUCCUUUCUUCCGAUGGCCAACAGUAAUCUCCCCCGCCGAAUCAUCAAGGAAACUCAGCGGCUUCUCAGUGAACCAGCUCCGGGGAUAAGUGCAUCGCCGUCGGAAGAGAAUAUGCGCUACUUCAAUGUCAUGAUCCUCGGUCCCUCACAGUCUCCGUAUGAAGGUGGCGUCUUUAAGUUGGAACUGUUUUUACCUGAGGAAUAUCCGAUGGCUGCUCCAAAGGUACGCUUUCUCACCAAAAUAUAUCAUCCCAACAUUGACAAGCUUGGAAGAAUAUGUCUUGAUAUUCUUAAAGAUAAAUGGAGUCCCGCUCUUCAGAUUCGUACCGUAUUGUUAAGCAUUCAAGCCCUAUUGAGUGCUCCAAACCCGGAUGAUCCUCUCUCUGAAAACAUAGCAAAGCAUUGGAAAACAAAUGAGACUGAAGCUGUUGAAACAGCAAAGGAGUGGACCCGCCUAUAUGCCAGUGGUGCAUGACGAAGUUGGGAAACCGGGAACCAUCUUCCUCACCAAAAAUAACAAUAGAUGCAACGUUAUCCUACCAAAGUUGAAAUUAAAUGGAAUUUGGAAGAAAGGAUCCUUGUGCAGCUGGAGCUUAAAAUUAUCAAAACAUGCUGGCAAAUACUUGUUUCUCGACUCAAGGUUGAAAUUAGAUUUGUAUCAUGAUAUGCAAUCUUGUCCUGUUUUUGUGAUUGUUCUCAUGUUGGGAUUUGUUAUUGUAUGAAAAUGUUGGAGUCACUUGGUACGAGUAAAUAUAAAUAUGUGGUGUUUGGUUGUGCUUAAAAA